GAGACGGUAUUACGCACCGCUGCGUGUCUGUGCCUGCACACAUCUCUGCCUUUCAGCGGUGACGAAGGGAGAGAAUCUUGUGCGGGGAGGAGACUUCUGAUGGUGCAUGACCCUGGUGUGAAGAUCGCGGAGCAGCUUAGUAUGAUCUGACUUCCGAGGCGACGUGAGCCUACAUUUCUGAGCGGUUUCCGGACUCCUCUGGGCACCAUGGUCUCUUCUAAAAGAAAACCGGAUAAAGUACAAGGAGUCUUCUUCUGGAGCUCAAUCCCGCCUUUAAUCAGGUGGCUGAAGGGAAGGCUGUGGACUCGCCUGCGCUUUGUGUGGUUGGGUCUCAUGUUCCUGACGCUCUUCUGCGUGACCUUUCAGUUCCUGGGUGUGGUCAGUCAGUCCAGGAACAGCAUAACUCUGAACGAGUUUUUCAAUAAGAAUUUCUUCAACAUGAAGUUCCCCUUUAAUAAAAAGUUCCCCUUUUCACUGAAUUGGUCUGACGGUGCACUGGUCGCGGGACAGAGUGGAACCGUGAAUGGUGAGGCUAGCACACGACUUGCCACCAGACCAGCAAUGGAGUGGUGGGCCUCCUGCCAGCCGAAGAGUCACAUCUUCUUUCUGAAGACGCACAAGACCGCCAGCAGCACCAUUCAGAACAUCCUCUAUCGCUAUGGGGACAGCAGGAACCUGACAUUUGCUCUGCCUUCUAACAAGCAGAACCAGUUGGGCUACCCCGAAAUGUUCUCGGCUAAUUUCGUUCAGGGUCUCCGUUCUGUCCCCGAGUAUCACAUUAUGUGUAACCACCUGAGGUUCAUGCCACACGAGGUGAAGAAGGUCAUGCCAGCGGACACAUUCUAUUUCUCCAUCUUGCGAAAUCCAGUAUCAAUGAUGGAGUCCAUUUUCAUGUACUACAAAGCUGAAAUAUUUCAGACGGUCAACAGCCUAGAUGAGUUCCUGGCUGAUCCAUGGAAGUUCUAUAACACAUCACUGUCCAGCAGCUACUAUGCGAAGAACCUCCUUGCCUUUGACUUUGGCUUCAAUGAGACGACGCAGGCCCAACUUGCCAUCAGCAUGAUUGAGAAAAACUUCAACCUCAUUCUUCUGUCGGAUUACUUUGACGAGUCCAUGAUCCUGCUGAAGAAUGACCUUUGUUGGACACUAGAGGAUGUGGUCUCCUUCAAGAUAAACAGCAGAAAUAAUGAUUCCAGGAAGCUGCUGUCUCCAGACACCAUAGACAAGAUCAAGGUGUGGAAUUCAUUGGACUGGAAGAUCUACCUUCACUUCAACGCCACCUUCUGGAGGAAGGUGGACAUGAUGGGAGGACGAGAAAGGAUGAAACAAGAGGUAGCCAUGCUAAAGCAGAAAAGAGAGGAGCUCAUGAAAACCUGCCUGCUGGAGGGGGGGGCUGUGGACCCCUCUCAUGUGAAGGAACAAGACAUGACACCCUUCCAAUAUGGUGCUGCUGUUAUCCAGGGUUAUAACCUCAAGUCUGAACUGGAGGGACCGAUGAGGAAGCAGUGCCUGGACCUGAUCAUGCCUGAACUUCAGUACACAGCAGCCCUUUAUGAAAAACAGUUCCCCAGUUUUCCUUCAAAUGGAAAUCUUACAUUGUGAUGCCGGUUUCACAUUAAAGUUGUUCCAAGAGACUGAGCCCCAAGGUGAACACAGAGAGACAAAUUGACUCAAGGGGGUCUGCAGCGACAGGAUCCCAGCAUCCUCCAAAACAUCUUCCCCAAAGUGCCGCCCACGAGAGGCCUACAAAGUGUGCCUUGAAAAGUGACCCUAGGCUGAAGGGAUGUCCAUGGUGGUGUGCAUUUGGCUGUGCCAAACUCCAUGCCAUAGUCUGGUAAUCAAGUUAAUCUCAUAGCUUUGGAGAAAAAAAACAUUAAAUAGCGGUGAUUCCCUGUCCCCUGGGUUGGAUGCACUUAGAUGUUUCAGAAGUGACUGUCUCAAUAUUUUUUUAACCGUCUGGUAUAUAGAAGAGCACACUAUUUUAAAAUAUGGGUUAAAAUUCAUGGUGUAGUGUUUCCUCGUCUUGUGUUUCAGUUGUCAUGAUAAUCUGAAAGGGCCUGGUUUAUAGUGAAAAGUUUAUUUUAAUCAUGCAACAAUUGCUGCUCCACUUACAUAUCAGUCACAGUCAGUGAA